UCGGACGUGCAGAUUGUUUUUGUAUUGAAUAACACCAUGCUGAAGUUGUUUAACUUUACGCGCACCCUCACACCUAUCGUACCAAGGCCUGUACAGGCCAUACGAUGGUAUACGGAACCAUCUACAUCACCUGCAAACGCCGUUCAACAUCAACAACAACCGGCAUGUGGUGUUCCAGACAAAUUGUUCAGCAGAGUAGAGCUACAAAUGAAAGGCAUCGAUCCCGAGGUGAUGAAAAGCUAUGCGCUGUUCGCCAAGACCGCCGCUGAACAUUUGGACAUAGAAGUGGGCAAACAUUGGGCACUUCGUAAAGCAGUAAAGGACCGUCUAACGUUGCUGAAAUCAGUUCACAUCUACAAGAAACACCGGGUACAAUACGAAGUUCGUAAUUACUAUCGGUUCAUGCACUUUCAUAAACUAACGGGCUCGACGCUUGAUACCUUCUUGGAGUACAUCGAACGGAAUCUGCCCGAAGGUAUUGCGUUAAAAGUAACAAAAGUAGAGGUACAGCAGCUACCUGAGCAUUUAGGAAAGUAAGCUCUGAUCAUGAAAAGCUGUGGAAAUACAGAAUAAAUUAGUUAUGA